AACUUCCACGCCAGGGACAAGUACGCUGUCUUCGGGGCCUCAUGCUGAAUCCUCUGAGCGUGGCCGAGGACGAGGACGCGGUCGCGGUCGCGGCCACGGACGCGGUGGACGAGGCAGAGGACGAGACAGAGGUCGUGGACCCUCUUCGACAGCAGGAACCGCUUCUGACACUCAGCCUGGAGAGACCCCAGGUUCUUCCAAGAGACCGCCGAAAGGGCGAGUGCCGAAACCGCCCCUCACACAUUGGACACAUACCCGAACUGCGAGAUACCAUCUCCAGGUUCACCGAUACCCUCUUAGCAGCGACACCUGCCAUACCCGGCCUAGAUUCGACCAUAGUCAUACCACCUCGUCGUCUGCAUUUCACGCUUGGCGUAAUGUCGCUCGACCUCGAGCAGCCUUCGGAGAACUCGGAGGAACGUGAGUCAGGGCACGUUGGGGCUUCGGCCUGGAAAAUCUCGAAUACACUCGAAGCGGCCAGAGGUUUGCUGCGAGAGGUGAAGCCGAAGAUCAUAGAGAUUCUUGGUGAGGAAAAACUGCGUGUUUCGUUGGAUAGCAUGUGUAUCAUGCCGCCCGAACGUGGGGAUCAAGAACGAGCCCACGUCAUGUGGAUCGGACCAGCCGACGGAGACGGCGUGAAGAAAUUCAAGCAAGUAGCGCACUUGGUCGUGAAAUCGUUCAAGCAGGCAGGCCUCUUAGUUGCUGAAGACCGGCCGCUGAAGCUUCACUGCACAGUUUUGAACACCAUUUAUCGAAAACCAAGAACGAAGGCCCGUGUACCGUUUUCGUAUCCGUCCGUGCUUGCAUCCGAAGCUGCGAAGACCAUCUGUGUGCAAAAGGGCGUUGUCGACGC